AUGCCCAGCAUCGAAACCUCCGAGACUGGAGCCACCGAUAACUCCAACCCCUUGGCAAAGUCGGGGUCUUCGGGAGCCUCCAGUUACAUUUCUUUGUCCCCUCGAGGGCCUUCGACAUCGGGAUCCAUCGCUGCCGAGCAGCAGGGAGAAGGCGCUGAGAGAAAGAAGAUCCUACCCCGAAGUCUACUCCCAAACGGACACCUUUUCCAUUUCGGGUGGCACAUCCCCAAGCAGAACGUAUCAUAUUUGAGAAACAAGAAGGUAGGCGUCAUGACCAACUGGUGGCAACGAAUCAAGAGAUCAGAAAGCUCGAAUCGCGAGAUAUCUGUCAAUGUCGUGUCAGGGCAAUCUGCGCAGACCCCUACUUACGAGACGUCGGAAUCUGAUCACCGGAACGCUUCUACUGCACCCCUGAGUUUCGGAGGGUGGUCUCGGCAGCUAACAACUGGACGGACGAUCGAUGAGCAACCGGAACCACAAAUUCCAAUCGACAUCAACGUCUUGAGGGCCACAAAGCUCUAUCGGAUCGGGUUUCACUUCGUCAGUAUCGACCUGAUCGAUUGGCCUUCUGACGGGAAAAGCAAUCACAAGUUCCGCUUUAUCGUCGCCACGGUGCCUUCGGCAUCGAGAUAUCUGUCGCAACAGUACAGGAGCAACCCUCACCUCGUUACUGAUACCGAGACUCUUCCCGCUAAAGACUACGUUAUCGCUUUUAUGCACGAAGGCGAAUCCUUGCGCGGUUGGACCCGCGAGCUAGAGCUGCAUGAAGGGCGUACCUGGCUCCAAAGUCAGUUGAAAAAGUGGGCGGGGUAUUAUCCACCCAUGCCCCAUCAGGACGAGUUUGGCAUCACUUAUGACUGGAUCCGCGAGGCUGCAGGUUAUGAUAAAGCUAGAGAUAUCUAUCCAAGAGAUUAG